AUGACCAUGUCUUUAGGCCUCGAGCGCGUUGACGAGCUCCUCGACAAAGCACAACGUCUCGUCAAAUCCCUCGCUUCGUUACGGCCGACUCUCGAAACACCAAAUGGCCUGAUACGGAAUGAGUUGGCCAUCACCCUCCACGAUUUGACCGUGGUCGCGCGCGACACACUACACUUGACCUCGGAUCUUUCGUCUAUGACCAACAGCAUCGUGACUUCAAGGCCGAGCAGUUCCGACCAUUCACACGAUCUAUCUCCGACCCCUCCCACCUCCAUUAGUAGCGUAUCGUCCACAUUGUCGAAAGAGAUUGACACCCCCUUACAAACAGGUGCCAUUGGCGACGUGCCAACCCCGCCACAAGCAGAUCUCGCCUACGUCGCAAACAUCAAUGCCGUGCCUGCGCUGGUUAGCGCAUUGGGGCCAAGGAAGAGGUUGCCUUCCUCGGCGGGAAUAAGCGAUGGCAAUGUUGAAUAUGAACCUGGCGCCAACAAGCGACACUGCCAAGGUGACGAGCAACUGUCCGAAGACGAGCAUCUCUCUCGCAACACAGCAUCUUCGAAUUACAUGCCAAUGGACGUGAGAAAGCUCAUCUACAAGAUCAAAAACCGCGAUAAACUGUCUCGAAUCCCCACCUUCUCAAUCGCCGACCCCCCAACUACCGCCAUGCUCCGUCGAGUAGCUGCUGUCCAAGGCGGUCCAGCCAUACGGCAGUUUUGCGCUCUCAUCCACACGAGACGAUCUCGCGAGACCGAAAUGGGACUUUUGCGAGUUCACACAUCUGGUCUUGAGCGAGCCUUGGAGUUAACAAGGACGCUUCGAGUCUUGACGGGGCGGACAGCCGCCAGCACCUUCAUCACACGACUCGUACAGUUCCACAUUGCGGAGGCUGUUGAUGGGACUAAGGCUGGACGACUACGAGCCGACGGUGAUCAAAUCAAACAAGCCAUGAACAAGUUUGGGUGGGGAGAAGCAGAACGGCCAAGAUUCUUCCAGUACCUCAGGCAAGGGCGCUCUUGGCGUUCGAUCUGUGGGCAGUAUGUCGGACUUUUGAGCUUGAUACCGCUCAAAGCCGAACAGCCGUAUGGCGUCUCAGCAAAAGACUUCCUCAACAUGAAGGGGAGCGAGUUGGACAUGUUUCUACACAUGAUUAGCAAUCCGUUCGUGGGUCGCCUCACAGAAGCAGCCGCGGCGUUUCAGGACAUGGUAAUGGGUACUAGAGAGGACGCAGAGUUCGUAUGGGAGAAGAACCAGCCCGAGUUGCACAAAUGGCAUGGGCAUCUACCCGAGACGGAUGUACUCUCUCUCGUACAACCUCAACCCAGCUGUGAGGAGUGUCUUUUUGAUGGGGGGGACUUUGUCGACGCCCCCAACCCCCCAGGCUGGCCUGAAGACUGGUCCUGGCCCGCUCACCCGCUUCUUAUUCCAUCUUCUCACAAGCAAUGCGAUUUUUGUGACGGCGAUGGCAAUUGCUCCUGUCGUCAGACAAGAGUGGGUGCCGCUUGCAGACCCCAGGUCAAGUCGUUCGGAAAACAAGGAAUAGGCCUGCAAGCCAUCGCCCUGCAUGAAGGCGACCUAGCCUGCCGCAAAGGGGAUGUCCUCGGGCAACUAACUGGUCGCCUGGUCCCAGCUGAUACACACCCGCACAAUUCACUCUGGAUUGUGGAGAUGCGACGUUUUGACAUUCGCGGUGAUCCCAUUGUUUGUCAGAUUGACGUUGGAGGGGUGGCCAGUACUUUCCGGAACUUGAACCACUCAUGCCGUUCCUCGGCAAGAAUGAUACCUCGCCGAGCGUCUGGAAGAUGGAUUAUGGCUGUCGAGGCUACAAGGGACAUACGACAUGGGGAGCAGAUUACCAUCAAUUUUGGCAAGGCCUUUUUGCGCAAUCAAGGGCUACGAUGUGAAUGCGAGGGAUGCCAAGUUCCUUCUUAA